CCGUUCUUGCAGGUAUAAAAACCCUCACGAUCUUCGGAAAUACAUCAGAACUACAUCGAGUGUAGAAACUGAACGAACGAAAUAAAAUAUCCGGCCUGUAUUUGAAACGACAAAUUUGACAAAAAAAUGUUCAAGCUCGUAGUCCUUUUCGCCGUGGUGGCAGUGGCCCAAAGUGGUUAUCUGGCGGGUCCGGCAUUGCCGUUGACCUACAGUGCAGCGCCCGCAGUGUCUCACGUAACCUACGCCGCCCCCGCCCCCGCCCACGUGACAUACGCCGCGGCAGCUCCGUUGAUAAAAACGGCGUAUGCACCCGCCCCCGCGUACACCUAUGCUGCGGCCUCCCCUGCGGUAGCCGUCCACGCACCAGCGAUCGGAGCUUCCCACGAAAGCACACUCAGAUCAUUAGAUGGAAAUUCCGCGGUCUCUCACUACAGCAAAGCAGUUGAUACCGCAUUCUCGAGCGUACGAAAAUACGACACGAGAUACACGAAUGACGCUAAAUUCAUCGCAGCUGCCCCCGCUUUCGCCUACGCUCAAAAAACUGCGUACGUAGCACCCGCUGCUUACGGAUACGCCGCUGCCGCAACACCGAUCGUCGCAAAGACCACCUAUCAAGCACCCCUAGCUUAUUCUCCGGCCGGAGUCGUCGCCCACACGACGUUCACCGGACUCGGCGCAUCCUACGCUUGGUAAAAGAAAGAUGAAAAAAUCUGCACUCUUUCUUAAUAAAUGCGCGGACGUGAUUAUGAUUUUUACCAACAUGUAGGGUGAAAAUGAAAAUCAUUUGGGCAGCAUAUAUUUCCCCCUGAUUGUGUUACGGAUGUACGAUUUUUCAUUGUGAAUAAAUUCUUUACGAAUUCUCUAUAAA